AUGCGGACCUGCACCUACCCUUCCUCACGGCAGGUUGGCUCGAAUUGUUUACUCACUAACCCAAUCUAUCGAUGCGUGGGAGUUGGGGAGCUGUGGUUGCGGCUUACUUGGGGUUUGAGUAAGGUCGUGGUUGAGAAUUGGAAGCAAUAUUGCCUGCCUGACCCGAGAACGAUGCGGCUGCUUCAUAGCAACUUUGUUUUCACAGUCCGCGCUAAUCAUGUCCUCCAUACUCCACGGGGAAGUACAGAGGUACGAACUACGAGGUGUGGGUGCGGUCACUAUUCUACAGUACUGACCAGCGUGAAGAACUCGGAGAAGAAUGAUGACAGGAAGCACGACGUCGGGGCUGCUAUUCUGAAGCGCAGAAGCUCGGUCUCGUUUCCAUCUCCUUCUGCUGAACUGCUGAAUGUGGUGCAGAUCAGUCAUUCGUGUUUGCUGCAUGGCUUGCAUCGGGAGGAGUCUGUGGUACUUGUUGCAUUUCUCCUAGGCACCGAGGCCUGGGAUCGAUCACGAGCAUUGUGGUUUGGAGAGCAGGUAGAGGUACUUCCGCUGCCAUCGGGAGUUCUCGCUGAGCUCUCCCAGUGGCUUCUUCCUCAACAGCCGUAUCCGGAUCAUUCCGAGGAAUGCAUCUUGUGGGACGAAAGCAGACCAGGAUCGCCACAUCCAGCAGGCCAGAGAAAGGCAGCUGCACAGCUCCCACUUCACUUGGCCUAG